AUGCAAUACAAGGAUGAGCCAUUAGAGCCACGCAACGCUUCGACUUUCCCACAAGACCACGAAGAAGUAGAUCCAGAAGCGCUGCGAUUCUUCAACCGCUCACCACAUCCGUAUCACCGUAGAAGUGCUUCGAUUGACGCUGUUGACCGUCCUGACGACCUAUCGACUUCCCUCGAUGAAGGAACAAGCCCGCAGCAUACUGGUUCAAGAGAACGGGCCCGGCGUCCUGGUUGCUUGGAAUGGACCACUCAAUUCAAGACGCCACAUUCAUCCAGCGACAGUGGCUCAGAAGCUGAUGAUGAGAGCUAUUCGGUGUUCAGAGCCUUGCCUGCACCACCGAUCAAGCCACGGAAAGGACUGCGAGACCUGGCCGGAGAGCUCGAUGGAUCCAACACACCCCUACUAUCUCCAGCACAGGUGGACGAGGAUGGCCAGAAAUACGAAACAAGCUAUUUCCAGUUGAGGAGAGGAGGUAUCAAACAGUCCCUCGUGGAUGAGGAAGCUAUCGCUGCUAGGAAACGGUAUGUCAAGAGACGGCGAGCAGAGAUGCUCAGGCGCACCACUGAAGUGGGACUCAAUGCAGUCAUUGGAGUCAUUGUGAUAAGAGGCAUAACUGUUUCUCAAACUAUCCACACUUGGCAUUCUGCAGAGCUUGUUUCCUAUAUCUCUAUGGUACCAGCUUUAGCGCUGACUUAUUUCACUCGAAUACUGUUCUUCCGACCAAGCAGUCAUGGCAGCGAGCAAAUCCCUUUUCGUGAGCGAAUCAGAAUACCAGCGGCAUUUGAUCCAGCCACUUUGUUAUACCCCGUUCUGCUACCGGUCAUGGUGACCCUAUCCAUUACUCCUGCCGCAGAACAUGCACUUUUACCGAACAUCAUUCUUGGACUAGCUUCUAUUCCUCCUCGAUUGGUUCAGUUCGGCGCUAGCCAUCAUGGCUAUAAUGUGAUUCACUGGUUCAUCAGUAUCGUCCCCUUAAUACUCUCCGAAAAUACGGUAUGGGUCGACAAGACGAGGGCCACAACGCCGUAUCUACUAAAGUCAGGACCUCCGGACGCAUUACGUCCUGACGAUCUUGCAAUUCUGUACGCUCUCCACCAGGCGCUGUUGUCUCCGUUACAAUAUCUCACCACAACGAGUCUCCUACCUGCUGAGCUUCAAUUACUGUCUGUAGCAUUGAUCAACGUGCUCUUGUUUGCGCAGUCAUCACAGACCACUAUAUUGUCAAUCAUUAUCUGGGUCGGUGGCUUAGGCGUCUUCAUUAUGUGCGGUAAAGUCCUCACAUGGGGAGUUCAGCUAGCACGUAUCCCAAGGUGGCGUUUUCGUCGAGUUGGUGCCGUAAUCAAGGCACGACAGUCAUUCAUCACAGCGCUCAAAAGAGGUCGAAAGUCUCAUCAGCAAGCCGAUGGGCCCAUUGAGGUCUUUGACUCCGAGGAGGACGACAAGCUUGCCUCCAAAGCAUUACAAAGACGCCGUCGAGAGAGCAUCGGUAUGGACGCACUGAAGGCGUUCUUACCGGAUUCAAUGCAAGACUCGGACGGAUUGUAUCGUUCGCUGAGUGCGAGGCACAUACCUGCACCUGAACCUACUCCUAGAAUCGAAUCUCGCCAGCGAAGCAAUACCUUAUCUGCCCUUGAACUACCAUCUCCACUGCCACGGCAGCCUUCGACUAACCGACGACGUCCGCGGCGCUCGGAGGUCAAAUCUCUUCUAGAACUCACACCAGCACAGGCAACUACCCGAAAAUGGGUUUAUGCAGCGUACAUAUACGUCGCCAUCAUCAGCCUCAUCCUCGGGCCUAUCCGCUACCUUGUAGCACAACAUGCUCUUCAAGGCAACGAACCAUUCGGCUGGGCUUUAGGCUACCUGGCCGGGGGCAUCCCAAGGUUUCGCGAUCUACGCCGAUCUCUCGAUCUCGAGCCCUGGAUCCCGCUCCCACCCCUUUUUCCAUUCGAAUACGAUGAUCUCUCGUCCAGCCUGUGCCGUGCAGAUCAUGUACGUACACAAGUGAUCGGUGCUGCAAACACACGCCUCUGUAUCGCUGCCUACUGCGUUGUCGUCCUGGGCUUUGGCAUGCUCACCGUGCUCGGCCUGCCCUCUACUGUGGAAGUCGACACGCGGCGCAAAGUUUUUCACGGUAUGAUGGUGCUCAUGCUUCUCCCCACCAUCUUCAUCGACCCUGCCUUCGUCUCACUCGCCCUUAUCAUCAUCCUCGCCGUGUUCCUCCUCCUCGACCUCAUCCGCGCAUCGCAGCUGCCUCCGCUCAGCAAACCGCUCGCAUACUUCCUCCAACCUUACGUUGAUGGCCGAGACCUGCGUGGUCCUGUUGUUGUCAGCCAUAUCUUCCUGCUCAUCGGCUGCGCGAUCCCGUUAUGGCUCAGCUUGGGUGGCAUGGCGCGCACAGGCGUCGAGCCGUGGGAUGGCUGGGACGUUGUGGGCCGCGAUGUAAGUAUGCUUGCUGGAGUUGUUUGUGUGGGCAUGGGUGAUGCUGCAGCAUCGCUUGUAGGUCGGCGUUUUGGACGUCGCAAGUGGCCAUGGGCAGGUGGAAAAAGUCUCGAGGGCAGCGCAGCGUUUGCGGGUGCCGUUACCAUGGGAUUGAUGUUUGGCAAGACAUGGCUAUGGGCUGGGGGAUGGGAUGAGGCGAGUACGACCGGUAGCUCGUGGGUGAGUACACUGUGCAAGGCGCUGGGCGCGGCGUGUGGAGCAAGUCUGAUGGAAGCGGUGUUGACGGGUGGGAAUGAUAACGUGAUUGUGCCGGUGGUUUUAUGGCUGCUCGUCAGGGGUCUGCGGAUGUGA